GGAUACUGCAGGGUGCAAGAUCCCGAUAUGAUCUCGAUCUAUGAUGCAUAUUGCGAGGAAGAAUACGUUAAGAUAAUAAUAGCAACUGAAGAAAUAGAAAUUCUUUUUAAUAAAAGGAGUCUCAGUGGGUGGUUAACAAUCAACAAACUUGAACUAGACAAGUAUCUACCAUUCAAUAUCGGGUUAUAUUUACAGAAUCUGAUAACAAUACUCGAAGAAGAUGGUA